AUGGCAGGUAAGUUGGUUUGGUUUGCGUUUGCCUUUUUGCCUUUUGCUUUUGACUUUCACUUUUUGCUUUUCAGAUCGUGCCGCAGCCCAAAACAUGAAGAGCGUGGCACUCGUCUCAUAUACCCAGAGCUUUAGCUUAGUCCAUGCCAGGUCAACCAAACCAACCUUCUGCAUGAUAAAGCUGCAUCGCCAUUAUUCCUCAAUCAUAAGCCAACCAGCCAACCAGCCAACCAGCCAACCAGCCAACCAGCCAACCAGCCAGCCAACCAACAAGAACCAGGUAAGCAACCAAGUGGCCAAACAGCCAGGCCAGGCCAGGCAAAGCAAAGCAACUUGGAAGUAGGCAGCAGAGGCCGUCAAGGACAAGGACAAGGACAAGACAGACCGGGGUCCGCACAGCACAGCACAGCACAGCACAGCACAGCACAGCACAGCACAGCACAGCACAGCACAGCACAGCACAGCAGCACCACAGCACAGCGGGAUAUCCACUCCUCUCAGCAUCGUAGCCACUCCCCUCGCUACCCCAUCUUUUCAAUCCCUACCCACACACACCACACACACACACUCACACCACACGGCGGAAAAGACCAAAGCCCAUCUCGCCACAUGUCGCCCUCUGAGUGAAUUUCCCAUCGUUGGAAAAACCUUGGAACACCCUUCGUGGUCCAUGCGAGGCGUAGUUGAGGUCGUGGAUGUCCAUCACUGGGACCACUAUCUACUAGCCUACCUACCUGUCUACCUUGCCUGCCUGCCUGUCUGCCUGCCUGCCUGUCUGCAGAUGCACGGCGGUGCGCUGAGAAUAUGCACGCCUCGCCUCGCAGAACCUAUUUCACUCGUGUUGGCUGGCGGCCAGGACGGGACUCGAGGGAGUGUGGCCAGUCUUUCCAUCCACACCCGAGGGACCCCACCUCAACUCGAGUUCUAG